GCGGGCUCGUGCGGCCUUUUAUGCAACCCAAAAACCUUAGAUAUUCUCGAUAAACCCCCCUCUGCAACGCAACAAACCCUAGUAAUUCUUGAUAAACCCAGGGUCUUAAUUCUCUUGAACGCAUUGCUUUUCUCUCUUAUGAAGUUGUGAUGGAAUAAUCGUUUAUCAUUUUUGUGAUCAUUUGCUCGUAAAGUUUCAACCUUGGUUUAGUGGUUUUAAUGAAUUCCUUUUAAUUAACACCUCUCCGCAACUUUUCAUGAUCAGAAAGUAAUCCCCUCAAAAUCUCCUACUUAUUUCUUUCUACCCUUUCAUAAUCUGUUCUGCAAAUGUAAAUCGACCGCUGUUUUCAAUAUUUCUUGAAAUUCCAAGGCUACUCAGUUGAUUUUUGCCGGUCUCACUUAAACCCUAGAAUGCAGUGUCUUAGACGAGCUUCUUCACUGAAUCUCCCAAUUUUUUCUCGGUGUCUCUCUCUGAACCAUUUCAGGACAAAGAUUACCAGAGUUUCAGAGUUCAACAAUGGCAAAAAUCAGCUAUUUUCUCUAUUUCUCUGUCCAAGCCAUUUCAGAACAAAGUUUACGAGAGCUUCAGAUCCCAACAAUGGAGAGGAAGAAUGGAAUGAAGCAUGGGAAGCGGCAUGGCUUCCUGAAAAUGUCUCUGCAAAAACCAGAGCACCAUGGGAAACAGAUGUAAGCUUCACAAAUCCACCAACUCCUCUUCCCGUAGAAACUGAUUCUGAAACUAAAGCUUUUCUUGAAGAGAUGAAUGAAAAUUGGAAUGAGAGGCGAUCAGCAAAGAGAAAUUCUGGCCAAAAGUCAGAGCUUGGCAAAAAAUCUGGUGAUUUUCAGACGAAUAAAGAGGAUUCCGGCCUUUACAGUGUGGAGAAUUUGGCCAAGGAUUAUAGGUUGAAGAAACAGAGAAUUCAUGCUUCUCUUUGGACGAAGGAAAUAGAGAAGGAGGAGGAGGCGAAGUUGGGGGGAACACAAGGGAAUGAUAUUGAGAGAUUGCUUGAUAGUUGCUCUGAGAUCUUUGAUCAUGGCGAUGAGAAAUACAACAAUUCUAAAGUUCCAAGCACUUCAGAGUUAAAAAAUAAGCCAGAUGGCUGGGAAAGCACUUCCAAGUCUCAGGAUGGAAAUAUAUGGGAGCUUUCACAGAGGGAAGAAGACAUUCUUCUUCAGGAAUUUGAGCGACGAAUUGCUUUCAGCAAAUUUCAGAUUGCUAGUUUCAUCAAGUCCCAUAUAUUUAGUAGGAGGAGACCGGUAGAUGGAUGGAAAUACAUGAUAGAGGAAUUGGGUCCAAAUGCAAAGAGAGGUAAAGGUAGUGUACAAAGGUUGCCCAGCCUUUCGGAUUCAUCGACUCGACCUUUCAAUGAGGAGAAGCCUCUGUCGAGGAGUAUUGGAAACCGUACACCUCCACCUAGGAAAAGAUAAGAUUGGUCUCUCAGAUCCCGGUUUAUGUCUUUUUGUGUCUUUGGAUCUGGUCUCUAAUGUAGUUUAUGAAAAUCGAGUGUUUUAUGUGAAUAUGAAAAUUGAGCCAUUCGCCCUUUUUUCGGGUUAUGUUGGUGAACAUAUAAAAUUUCCAAGUAAGGAGGAUUUGAUUCAAA